AUGCCACUUCGGAAAGCUCUUCACCACGAAGCAAGCGCACGUCACACAAGACGAGUACGCGAGCUCGACGGCCGUGUUGAAAGUGAUCUAUUUGAACCUGUGCCCGCCCAUGUCCCGAAUGUGUCGAACGCGUCUCCGAGUCUGAACCGCGCCGAUUCCCCUUUGCCGCCUUCAUCUCCACCUGAGGGCUAUCGCCCCACCAAUUACCUUCCAGCUCUAUCUCUACACAGCACCUUUGGCACAGAGUUCACCUUAUCAAAUUCACCAGACGCACCAUGCCAACCACUUCGGCCGCAUACACCAGUCGCUCUCGGAGACUUUGAGCUGCCCGGGGCUAAUCAGACUGCGGCUUCCGACCAACUUCUAGAGGCGAACCCGUUAGGCUCCAUCCAUGGACCGCAACUACCUAGUGACCCGCCCGACCAGAUAUUUGACAACUGGGCUGGCCGACUCGGGCAGUCAAGCCCGCUUCAUUCUCCUGUGAGAUCCCUAUCAGCGCAAGCAGAAACGGGCCUUGCAGACCCGACUCUCUCGGAUAGCCCCAACGCCGAAGCAGACUCUGAUUCGGAGACAUGGGAUGAGCCGGCAUUUAGCGAUCCAUUUCACGACGCCUCUCCGGAUGAUCUUCUCGGUGAGCUCGCGUUUCCCCCACCAACUCUUCUCCUAGUACUGGUAAUCUCCGACCAAUUUAUAGCUGGAGAGCUCUCGGAUGGCCCUGAACAGCAGGAAGACAAAGAAUGGUGGCCUUGGCGCAACAAGAAGCAAUGCUUAAUCGAUAUCUUGGGAGCAUUCCCGCGUGCAGCAUUCUCGGAGGCUGAGAUGGAGGUGACGCGAUGGUUUGGCAAGGAGCUUGGGAUCUCCAAUCUACCCACCAUACGUGUUGUCAAGGAGCGUCGCAAAUUCAUCUUGGGACUGGCCGGCUCGAAGCCAGAGGUCAUCAAGAGCUCUCUUGGUAACUUCUACUGCAAGACCAGUCUGGCGCAUAUCCUUUCCCAUGAGGUAGCCAACCCUGCAGCUGUCAAUGCUGAGAUGAAGGAGCUUCAUCAGAAGAAGAACCUUGGUACAAACUACGAGAGCGACGGGUGGGUUAAGUGGCGAGAAGAUAUGAUAGCUCAGGACGAAAAGGAUUUCCCUGAAGGUAAUCUAGGUGGUGGUUUCCUUGAGGACGACGACGACAACGUUCCGGCCCUGUCUAUGAGGGGCGAAGGUACCAGCGAGCUUGACGAUGAGUUUUUCUCCGGCCCGUAG